AUGGAGAAUAAGGAGGAAGCCACCGAGCUCUCUUAUGAUGAGUUGAUGGAUAUCAUUGUUAAUAACAAACCAGUCCCAAACGUAGUGGAUGUCCCAGAUAUCAUACUAGACCAAUCUUUGGCUACAGAGCAUCACUUGAAACCACGGUUGAAGCCAUGGGAGCAAGCGAAGGAUGUGCCUGUAAUGGGAGGUUUAGUUAGACAAAAGGAAGAGACCAAAGGAUUGGCGGAAAACGUGGAACUAGUCAAGAAGUCAAAUUCACUGGAGAAACUGACAAACUAUUACGCCUUAGAGGUUGAGUUUCAAAAACAACUUAAAGGUUAUGAGAGUUCUACAGGACUGAAAGGAAGAGGUAGGAGCUCUGCCGCACUUUCUGAUCAAAGCUCAAAUCACACCGACAAGGUAUGA